AUGGGCGACUCGGCAGCAGCAGAACGCAUUUUGACGAUGGAUGAAUUUGUGCAUGCAAAUUGCAGUCAAUUCAAGCAAGUUCCGCCCGAUAUUUUCAAGGACCAGAUGUCUCCGAGUGUCAUUGAAGCCGUGACGGAAGUGAUCGGUGCGCUUGGCGGCGAAAUUCCAACCGGCGCAGAAGGCAUCACGGAGAUUGAAGACCCGUACAAAAAAGUGCAGGCGCUGAACGCCUUCCUGUUUCAGUUGAUCUCGAAUAACAAGCCGGUUGUGACGGAAGAGGAAUACAAUGUGAAAAGGGAGCAGUUUCCCGAUAAACUGCCUCCGUUCGGUCAGUUGUAUGAGGCCGCGAGAAAUCCUGACCUGCCCAUCAGCAGCGAAGAGGACGACUAA